GGUAGCUGUUGUUUUGGCAUCUCACCACCCUCAAUAAAUGUGUCUCAGAUCCCAUUCUCAAGGCUAAAUUCAAGAAUCUCUGAUGUGCAUUGUUCAAAAGUAACAUUAAUUUCAAUGGCACCUCGUAAGAGAAAACCUGUUCCUUCGGAGGCAAGUCGAACUGCUGAGUCUGACAAUGGUAACAAGGAAGGGAAGCAAGAAUUGAAUGAGAAUCUGCCCAGUCAUAGAGUAACCUUCAAAUCGUUGGCCAUUCGUAUGAUCGCUAUCUUCCUCUUCAUGGGUGUCGUCAGUUGGUAUUCCAAGAAAGAAGAUUUCACGGAAUUUGCUAAACAGUUAGAUUCCAUUCCUCUACGUCGUUUCAAUGUCACUUGCUCCUCAGAUUUUAAAAACGACUUAAAGAAAUUCAAGGGUUGUGCGCCAACGCAAUGUGGCAGAGUUGUCAUGGAUGGACUUAUAUCAAAGACUGAGGCAAGACAACUAAGACAAGUUGCAAUAAAUGGACUGAAAUUAGGAGGCUCAAAUGGUGGGGCGUCUAUUCUUGAUCUGCACUCGGGUGCACUUUCUAAAGGCGACUCUUUUAUCAAUAUUUAUAAGUAUUUAGAAACAGAGGGUUUAGGUAGCAUCUUCUACGAUAAUGACUUCAAACUCUACAGUUCAGUAGCUAAAAAAAUCAAGCAAGCCAUCGCAAGAGAGUUUAGCAUCCAACCAAGCAAGCUGUAUUUAACCCAUCCGACGUUCUUUUCACGGAUGACCAGUAAACCAGCUAAGACAGUGCAUGAUGAAUAUUGGCAUGCACAUGUUGACAAGGAAACAUACGAGACGUUUGACUACACUUCACUACUGUACCUGGCUGACUAUGGGACGGACUUUGAAGGAGGACGCUUUAUCUUCACUGAUAAGAGCACAAACAUGACGGUGGAACCUAAGCUAGGUAGACUAUCAUUCUUUACCUCUGGUUCCGAGAAUACACACUUUGUAGAGAAAAUCAGCAAAGGAACAAGGUAUGCUAUUACUGUAUCAUUCACAUGUGACAAGACCAAGGCAAUUAAGGAUCCUACUCAACAGAAAUCAUGAAGGAUGGAGAGGAAUGGGUGAUUAGACCUUGAACUUCCCUCUUGAAGGAGCACAGCAGUUUACCUCUGGUAAGGGACAUCUCUAUUCUACAGGCAUGUGAGUAACUAGCCAUGACAAAAAAGAGGAAAAGAGAAAACCAGGCAAGC